CUUUUUGGAUAUUUUUUUUCUCUCUCUCUCUCUCUCUCUUUCAUUUUGUCCUGUUAAUUGUUGUCGGUAAAUUACCUCAACGUGUUUGUGUUUGUUGAAAAAAAAUGUCAUCGUUUGUUACAAAUAUUUUUCAAUCAAUGUUUUCAUCAUCAUCGAUUACAACAGUAACACCAAUAACAAUGUUACAACAAUCACAUGAUGGUGAUUAUGAAUAUGGUAUCGGUAGUGGACUACGCCAUCAACGUCCAUGUCGUGCUUGUAAUGAUUUUAAAACAUGGAUUCAGACCAAUCAAAAUCAAAAUCAACAGGUUAAACAUCAACAAAAAAAUGAUGAUGAUAAUAAUUCCAAUUUAACUAGAUCUGAUUGUCCAUUGGAUAAAAAUGAAUUAGGACACAAUACUUGGAGUGUUUUACAUACAAUAUCUAUGUAUUAUCCAGAAAAACCAACCAAUGAUGAACAAGAAUUGAUGAAAAAUUUCAUAAAAGGAUUGGCUCGUUUUUAUCCAUGUGAAACAUGUGCCAAAGAUUUUCAACAAGAAAUCCAUAAUGAUCCACCACAAACAGAAAAUCGUCAUUCAUUAUCAUUAUGGUGGUGUCGACAACAUAAUCGUGUGAAUAAAAAAUUAGGAAAACCAGAAUUUGAUUGUCGUCUUUUGGAACAAAGAUGGCUUGAUGGUUGGAAUGAUGGCUCAUGUGAUUAGAUCGAUGAUAAUAAUUUGAUAAUAGUUUUUUUUUGUUUAAAUUGUUUCACUUCAUUUUGCUAGUUUUUUUUUAUUUGU